UUUAAUUCAUCUGAAUCUGACAAGUGAACUGUGAUAAAUUGAACUCAAUCUUUGUUUUAAUUCAUAACAAUGAAUUUUUCGAUUGUUAGAUAUUUUAAAUUACGGAAAAGCUAACAGAACGUGCUGAUUUUAAGAGACGUCUUUUAUUUAGCAAUUUACAGUGUUGAACAUGUGGCCCAUUCAAGAAUGAUUUUGUUUGUAUGUAAAAUUGCCGAUGACGAAUUUCUUUUUGACUCGAUGCGGGGUGAUGGUAAUUGUGUAUUAGAAACGUUAGAAAGAGAUAGUGCGAGGACAGAUUUAAUUAUUAUGAAGAGAGUGCUCACUUAAAAGAAGCUUCCUGAAUUAAAAUAUGUCUUGGGAGUCGUUGAAUUCGCAGGACUACAGGUUUGGUGAAGUGAGUCAUCAACUUUCGGCAACCAGACUAUUAUCUUCACCUGACGGCUCACGACAUCCAUUAGAUGGAUUCGAUCAAAGUUGGCCGUGGUACGACUCAUUUUCAAGCCUCCAUCGAGAAGCUUACACGGAAGUUCACGUACCCAGAUCUCCACUUUUUGCAUUCAGUUGCUUUCAUGCCUGUCGAACUCGAAUAAGACAACGACUUGCUAAACGAAAGGUAGAACAAGGUGUAAAGUUAUAUGACAAGCAUAAGCAGCAGCAGGCUGUCAAAAAAUGGAGAUCAGCUCUAAAAGCUGUCAGACGUCGGGAAGAUAAAUUUCUUGUUUUGGGCUAUUUGUAUCGUGCUUACAUGGACUGGGGAAAAUAUAGGUGA